AUGCCCGAAACGAUUUUGCCCAACCCAACUAACAACUCUAAUAUCGAAAUCCUUGGAUCCUUUGAUGUCCAUAAGACGCCAUUUACGAAUGAACCAAAUGAGUUGCUGUUCUCAAUAUCUCGCCGCCCUCAGGAGCUGUUUAAUGAUGAUGACAUCAGUGAUGAUGAGCCGUCGACACAAGGAAAGGUCGAGGAUGGUUGCCUAUCGUCUUCCUCUUCCUCAGCGCAAACAAGGAUGACUGACAAGAAGAUUGACAGCAAACCAUGGACUCUCCCACCGCCCCCGGACUUCAAGAAUAUCUUCAUGCACACAAAGGAGGAGCACGCGGCACAAGCUGAUGUUCCACUCGCAUUUCAACUCGACGGCGAACUUUCACCUUUGACCCUUUUCACGCUCUUUUUCUCGGAUUCGGACUACUGGUCAACAAACCCAAACUACCCCCAACAUUCGAUCGCUCACUUCAUGACCCUUGUUCGCUUCCAACAAUUGAAGCGUUUCCUUCACGUCUCCCACCCAGACCUACUGGAAGAACAUUGGUACUCGAAGGUAAAGCCUCUUACCACUAAAUUGGCACAGGACUUCGCUCGCUACUACAUCCCAUCCUCCAAUGUCUCCAUCGACGAGAUGAUUGUUCGCUUUUCAGGAAGGAGUAGCCACACUGUCCGCGUGCCGAAGGCCAAGAAGUUAGCAUGGAACACUCUAUCUGGCAUUGUCGUCAAUAAUCAAGUCCUCGCUGUCAUUUGGAUGGAUAAUGCACCCGUCGGCAUGCUCAGCACCAUCCACAAAAUCCACAUGGACGAUAACUUUAUCGAGCGUAUCCGUCGCUGUCCUCGCAACACCAGUACGAACGCCGCUAAUGCUCGGGCAGUAUUCAAUGGAAAUCCUACAGUUCCGCUCAAAAUACCGAAAUUGAUCGAUGACUACAACCACAACAAGAAUGGAGUCGACCUCAGCGAUCAGUUCAGAUCAUACUACUGUACCCAACUAACCGUUGUCAGGACAUGGAUGCCCCUAUUUUUUUGGAUUCUCGACACCACCAUUGUCAACUCUUAUCGUAUCUAUACCGUGCGAAAGGGGACUCUUACCCACAAGGAAUAUCGGUUCAAAUUGGCAUGGGCCUUGAUCGCCUCAGGAGCACUCAACCAACACCAUUCCAUGAUGAAAAAACACAAACGAGAGUGCGAUGCGACGUCUGACAACCACCCCAGGAAGACCAUGCACGUUACCAAAAACACUGUGCUACCCCCCAGCCGUUUUGUCCCCGGUUUCCACUAUGGCCAAUACUCCGAUACCCGAGAACUCUGUCUCCUUUGCCGCUACAGAGCCACUGUCCUCAAGGACAAGAGCUACAAGAGUUCGACGCAGACAAACUGGGUCUUCGUCAUCAUGGGUGUGGACGACCUGAGCGCCAAAAUAAAGAAAACUACAGGAAAAGUCGACUCUCUCCUGGACAAGACUUGUCAUGUCGACCUCUUCGGAUCAUUCUACGCCCUCCUCAACACACGCGCAUAUCACACGACUGCCAAGCACGUCGCCAAAGAGGCCAGAGUGCAGGUGUCUUUUGAGGUGUCGUUCGAUCCCGUGUCGUCGGACAAAUCGUUGAAGCGACCUAACAUCGCCCCACAUCCACCCUGCAACAUCACAGGAGCUCGACCAGCAAAAGCACCUCAUUACACCUCGUCGGACCCCGUAUCUCCAGCUCAAAAUAACGCAGGAUCAACUACUACAGAGAUCGAUCUUCCAUCUUCCUCGAAUCCAGCAACUAUGCUGAUCGACACAGGGCUACGGAAUACGGCACUAUCCUCCGCUGGAUCCAGCUCACACGACCCAAAUCGAUCAGGUCCGCCAGUAGCACAAGGAGGAGCUGAUGGUGGCAAAGAUUUGACUCUGCCCGACACAGACCAGCCAGAGCAACCUCAGCAAGUCACGCAGGUCUCACUCGUGGAGGCAAUCGAGGAAUUAUUACUCCAAGAGCCCAAGGAGAUAUACAUCGACCUGGAUGGCCAUCCGUCAGUGACACCCCAGCAACGAGAGGACAAAGAGUACUUUGGACACAUCGGGCUGGUCCUUGAUAACCUCCUCUCAAGCAGAUUGUCCAAGGUGCACACUAUCAUUCACGUCGACGGACCGCGUUCUCUGGAGAAGGAGGCCGAGCACAAGCGACGCGACGAACGUCUUCAGAAAUCGCUCGACAAACUCACCCCCACCGCCACCAAGGACAAAUUAGAAUCCGGAUUGGGACUCAAGGCAGUGUAUAGGAUAUGCCGCUCAGCAUACAGAUUGCCGCCAGAGGCAUUGGAACAGGUGCUGGGGGUGAUGGAGAACAGUGGUUGGAGAGUAUGCCGUUGUGCACACCAAUCAGACCUGUGCAUUGCGUCGCACGUCCGUCGAGCUCCUGAAAAGUCCGCCAUACGUGUCGUAACCCACGAUUCCGACCUUUUGGCCUAUGAGGAUAUUCAUUCCAUCACCAUUCCGGCUGGGAUUUCAAGGGACUGGACCACAUACUACAAGGACGAGCUCCUGAUCAAGUUGGAUCUGCCCUCCCCGGCCCAUCUCGUACUCGUGUCUAUUGUAACAGGAAACGAUUACACCCGAGGGGUUCCCUACUACGGAUUGGCGAGCAACACGGCAAUUAUCCGGCAUUUCGACUUCGGGGUUUUGGGGGCAAUGACAGGACAGGAUCUGGUAGAGGGGUUUGAGAGACUGGUGGGUGACUAUUUGGAUGUGGUGAAGGCCAAGGCGGAGGAUACUCGGAGGUCGGCAGGCCAACGACAACAACAACGGCGACAACGCCGAGCGCAACAAAUUCGCCGCCAGACACCUCCACCAGAGUCCAAAGCGGAACACAGGGAUCAAAAGCGCAUAGAUCGCGCAGAUCUGCAGCUGGCUGUGACCGUGGCUGAUUUCCAAGGUGCAAUCGGGGCGUUCGUGUCCUGUCAAGAGUCUCCACAAUCAACCGAUGGGUCCCGACCACCUCCUGCAUAUGACGCCGUCCGUUCUACACUCUUGGAACUAGAAAUGAGGAAGGCCAGGAUCAAUUCUUCCAGAGUCAAGAGAAUCGGGGUUGCCGCCGAGACAAGAGAUGCCUCGCUUGUUGCCGAAAGCUUGAUGGAUGCGGGCGAGCCUUCAACUCUCAUAGUCCCCGCAGCGAGUGCCGGUCAGCAGGGCUACUUCGACUCUGGUCGCGGCGGUAAGGCCAAGGCGGAGCGGACAAGGAAGCACAGAGGUCCCCGCAAAAAUCGAGCCAACAGGAAAAGGUCCAACAAGUGGAGGAAAUCCAUGUUCCGAAGAAGGACCGAUCUUGCCCGCCCCUAUGAACCGCAUAAGGUCUUUCUUCCUGAUGCCAGCCCAGUGGAAGAGGACGCGCUCCAGCAUCUAACGCCAUCAAUACCUCGACCAUUCAAACCCAAACCCGACUCCAGCAAUAACAACAACGACGAUAACGGCAACAACAAGAGCAACAAAAAGAAGCGCAAGAAGCCCUUAAAGCUACCCGCGGACAAGGAGGGGCCUAAAGCUCUAAAGAAGUCAUUCGGUGGCGCUUUCAAGAUGUUGGUACUGACAGCUGGAUCACUUUGGGGCUGUCUCCGCCGCGCAACCGAUCUGACAUCAGAGGAGAUUUCCCGAGUCGUCAACAGGAUCGACCGCGCCGUCUUCGUGAUGAACUCCGCGAAACAUGUCGUCAUGAAGAUGCUCGAGUUCUUUAUUCUACGACGUCUGUUGCCUGCGCGAAACCAAGAGGACCGACCCCAGGACAGUCAUGAGGAAGACGCUAUGUUCGGCGACGAUGCUCUUGAUCUUCUGCUUGGAAAGGACAGCGCAGGGGUCAUCAUUCGAAAUCUCAUCUCAUUCGCCCUUCGAGGAUCCACAUCGGCGCAGGCUGGACGGAGAGCAGAAAAGGCCGAGUCUAUUAGCGCAUAUGCUCUCGCCAUUUCUAUCUUCGAGCAGUUCCGAGCUUUGCACCCAUCAAUCAAGGCGCUCAACCCUGACCAUAUACCCCUCUCGAAUGUCCAGCAGGAUUUGGCGCCAAAGAUCUGUUUAGCGAUCAAGAUGCACUACCGAAAACUGCCAACAACUAUAGUCAACAAGAUGAAAAAGCUUGGUUUCGAAUCAUCGACAAUUCCCUCCUGUGAUGGAGAAGAGGAGGAGGAGGAAAAGGAGGAGGAGAACGGCGAUGAAUUUCGGGAUGUAGCGGAGGAGACCACCAAUAAGUCCGACAAGAUUGUCUUCGAGGCCGGUCACAUCAAGACCUGGUGGGAUGAGAUGCUCCGACUCCCAUACGACCAGAGACCGCGCUUCUGUAUUAGUACGCAGUUGGGUGACUCGUUUCUGGACAUCAGCGAGGAAGCUAUUCUGGCAAUUCUCUGGGGAGAGUCAUCGGGAGAUGUGGGCAGGACGAUGGAAGCCAAGGUGCGGAGUAGGACGGAGGCCAAGGAGGACCAGGAGUCUGACUAUGGCGGGUUGAUGAGGCGUCUCUUUAUCGGCAAGCCAGAGGAUCUGGUGAACAAGGAAGUCAGGCAGACGACAUAUGGCAAAAAGACUACGACCAUGCAGGAGCUCUCUACCCAGCACCCACAGAUCUACGGACAAGGAUCCCUUGCACGCUACACCAUCCGAAGGGUUAACGUCCUGCGGGAAAUACACAAUCAAAAUCUGACAACACCCACACAGCCAACAGCAACAACAUCAACUUCAUCAUCAACAGCGGCGCCACAGCUACCCGCGCUGCCUUCACCCACCGGCUCCAUGGCGACAAACAAACGAUACGCAUUGAGCAACUACCUAAGAACUGAUGGUCAUCAGCUACAACUACUCGCGUUUGAUGUGCGACGAGGUUGGGAAUCCUCUUUCUCCAAGAACAAGCUUAUUCACAGGAUCGAGACAGACUUCCCGACAAGACAGUCCAUUGUCGAUUGGUUUGGGGAUGACAUGUCCUCUGUCGUUGUCGUCGGUGUGGACCCAGGAGAGAAAGUCAGCGGCACCUUUUGUGUGAGGCUCGGCGAGGAUUGGGCCGUGAAUCUGUUGGUCAAGAGAAGCUCUUUAUACCAGCCGACGUUAGCGCAUCGGAGCUGGAUGCAGGACUUGAAAGGAGCCCAGCCGACGGCGGACUCCGGGGGGGCACUAGAUGGAGGCGUGUGGGCAGUCCAGGACCCAUCCAACCCGACCAAGACGACCCUACUACCAAGUAUGUUCGAUAUUGAAGGAACACUGCAGCCGACCUCGUACGAAACAUGGGACAAGAUGGUCGAAGCCCACCGAAAGUACUUGUCUGCGGAACCACUGCUUCACGAAUUCUAUGGAUCGCAUACUGUCAAGUUCGCCAACUACGAGCACCGCAAGGCCAAGUUGUCGGAGAUGGAUCUUGCUGUUGCUGGUGUCAUGAGGUUGGUGGAAGCGGCGGUAUCAAGGAUUCCCGAGGGCAAGACCCCUACCGUACUGUUUGCAUGGGGAAACGGAUCGUUCCGUUCUGGCUACAACUUAACCUCGCAGCAUAUGACAUUGCAGCGACGGCUUGCUCAGAAGGCCCGCGAAAGAGGUGUCAAAGGUGGAUUCAUCGGGAUGUGGUCGGGGCGCAUAAUAUUGCGCUUGUUGGCGAGCAGUAUGUGCGGACUCUUGGACGACCAGCGCCCCUACUACGACCUCUAUAAUUUCAACAUCGACCAUGUUGUAGAACUAUCCUAA